AUGGGAAGCCUUAUGGGGUGGUUGGAAACCGGUUCGGACACCUGCGUGACGUUAUGGGAUAGAUGGGAUUAUCUGAGGGGAAGCGAUGGGCCGUGUGGAGCCGUCACGGGGCCUUGGCACAACCAAGGGUGUGACAAUGCCCUCCCCUUUAAAGGCAUAGUCCCGAUGCCUCAAGAUUACCGGAUUGGGAAUUAUCUUUGUUGUGUAGCAACGGUUGCCAACCGCUUUGGCAGCGCGCGCGCUGCGCGGCAUAAAGGAAUGGUGGGUAAAAAACGUCUACGUGGUGCAGCUGCAGCCUCUGUCGCGGCCAAAAGAGCCAGGGCCAAAGUUGUGGAUCUCCAGGCGUUGGCGGAUUCCGUCCGUUCUGGGGAGGUUCCCAAGGCCCGUCUGGAGAAGGAGGCGAAAGCGUGGGUCUCCGAGGUGGAAAAACACCUCAGAAUGGCCGGCCCUAAGAAGAAGGGGUCGGCCGGCGCCGCCGUUGGAAGCGCCACGGAGACAAAUCGUUUGUUGGAGAGGAUCUCGCUCCAAUUGGAGCAGGUGACUGAGGUGCUUUGCAAAUUGGCAAAGGUGCCGGUGCCAGGGACUCCGUCGGUGGAGGAGGAGUUCGGUGGGGGUGAGGUGGUGGAAGAAUGA